AUGGUGACUACCGGCGGUACCGGCGGAUGGCGGUACGAAUGUCUGCUGGAGGUCCUAGGCUUAGCACUGGCAGUUAUGACAGUUGGUUUCUCAUGCGUGUCGGUCAGCGGGUCGAAAACGCAGCUGUUCGAGAAUGAUCGGUGCGCGCUGAAGUCCGGCAAAUUGGGUGUCUGUCUACGGGCGAACAAGUGCGCCUGGGUGAAGACGUCCCUGGAGUCACACGCCAUUACCCACGCCGACUUGAUCAAGUGUGGCUUUGUUGGCGACGAGCUAAUCAUCUGCUGCCACCAGGAUGACUCGCUGGCACGCAUGGGUGAGAAGUCAGCGAAUGUUGCCUGUGAGGGGUACGAUGGUGUUCAGUCGCGGUUGGCAUUCCACAUCAUCGGUGGAUACGGCACCGAUCACGGUGAGGUACCAUUCAUCGGUGCGCUCGGGUAUCACGCACCGCACGACACCGCAGACACUGGCAUCUACGUGUGGGCCUGUGGAGGCACCUUGAUUGCGCCACGCUUCGUGCUGACCGCGGCGCACUGCAUCAACAGCGGUCAUGGCCCCCCACGGGUCGUCCGGAUGGGUACGACCAAUCUGAUAAAAUCCGCAGACCCAGCUGCGGUACAGGAUCGCCCCAUAAAGCAACAUUUCGUGCACCCAGCAUAUAGAAAGCACCGUCGGUACCACGACAUCGCCCUCGUCCAAGUCGCAGAUAGCUUCGUGUUCGACGAGGUCGUGCACCCGGCAUGUUUACAUCCAACGGCCGCCGAUCUUGCGCCAACCACGACUCUGCUCGCAGCCGGCUGGGGCGACAACGGUUACCUGUCCCGUACACCGAAGACGCUGCUCAAGACGAACCUUACCACCGUGCCGGUAGUCGAGUGCCGGGCCCGAAUCGAGCCGCUGUACGAAGCGCUGCACGGAACGCUCCACAGUCAGCUGCCGGACGGUAUCCUUGAGUCGCAUUACUGCGCCGUGGGGUUCGCCAUCAACGGUAGCAAUGACCACGGUGACACCUGCACCGGUGACUCGGGUGGGCCCCUCUAUUACAUUAGCAACGAUGCGGCCCAGAAGUACUUCGUGGUCGGUGUUACCUCGUUGGGCCUCGGCUGUGGGUCAGGAACACCCGCGAUAUACACCCGCGCAUACUACUACCUCGACUGGAUCGCCUCGAUCGUUUGGCCAUCCGAACCGGAAGCUGCCGGGGGUAGUCGAUAA